UGUUAGCCGAGCUUGGGCCCUGUUUCUGCGGCUCAGCCCUCCAGACGGAAACCUGUGCUCCAAGCUCUUCGCUGGAAGUGAUUUGAAUCACCCAGGCGACUGGAGAGGCGUGGAGCAACGCCCUUUCCGCCGGAAGUGGGUGUCAGCCUCCACGUGCCAUCCCUCCCCCACCACCCGGCCUGUAGCGGCGGCUCAGCUGCUGCCAUGGAGCCUGCGGGUCUGGAGCUGAUCCUCCGAGAGCUGCUGCUGCCAGACACCGACCGCAUACGCCGGGCCACAGAACAACUCCGGAGCGCUCUGCGGGACCAUGCCGCCUUGCCCGCGCUCUGCGACCUGCUGGCGUCAGCGGCGGACCUUCAGAUCCGCCAAUUUGCGGCAGUGCUAACCCGCAGAAGACUGAUCACGCACUGGCGACGCCUGGCAACUGAGCAACGGGAGAGCCUCAAGUCUCUGAUCCUUAAGGCCUUGCAGAGAGAGACAGAGCACUGUGUGAGAGUCAGCCUGGCCCAGCUCUCAGCCACCAUUUUUCGAAAGGAAGGCCUGGAAGGCUGGCCUCAGCUCAUGCACCUCCUUCAGCAGAGUACUCACAGCACCCACAUCCCUGAAAGAGAGAUGGGGCUUUUGCUGCUGAGUGUGGUGGUGACUUCACAGCCUGAGGCCUUCCAACGCCACUACCGGGAGCUCCUUCAGCUUCUGAAUGAGACUCUUGGUGAAGUGGGCUCUCCUGGAUUGUUCUUCUACUCCUUACGUACUCUGACUGCCAUGGCUCCCUGCCUCAGGACUGAUGACAUGCCUCUUGCACGGAUGCUGGUGCCCAAGCUCAUCAUGGCGGUAAAGGCUCUGAUCCCCAUAGAUGAGGUAAAGGCCUGUGAAGCCCUAGAGGCCCUAGAUGAACUGCUGGAGUCAGAGAUACCCAUCAUCACUCCUCACCUCUCUGAGGUCAUCACAUUCUGCCUGGAAGUGGCUAAGAAUGUGGCCCUAGGUGACACAAUACGUAUACGUGUUCUCUGCUGCCUGACAUUUUUGGUCAAAGUCAGGAGCAAGGCUUUAUUGAAGAAUCGUCUCCUGCCUCCCUUGCUGCAGACCCUUUUCCCUAUUAUGGCUGCUGAGCCACCAAUGGGCCAGUUGGAUCCUGAAGACCAGGAUUCUGAAGAGGAAGAUUUAGAGAUUGGGUUGGUAGGGGAGACACCCAAGCACUUUGCUGUUCAGGUUGUGGACAUGCUGGCACUACAUCUUCCCCCCGAAAAGCUCUGUUCUCAGCUGAUGCCCAUGCUGGAAGAAGCCUUGCAGAGUGAGAACCCAUACCAGCGCAAAGCAGGGCUCCUGGUGUUGGCUGUGCUGUCUGAUGGUGCUGGCGACCACAUCAGGCAGAGACUGCUGCCCUCACUGCUGCAGAUAGUGUGCAAGGGCCUGGAGGACCCCUCACAGGUUGUGCGCAAUGCUUCACUGUUUGCUCUGGGCCAGUUCUCAGAAAACCUGCAGCCCCAUAUCAGCAGCUAUUCAGGGGAGAUGAUGCCAUUGCUCCUUGCCUACCUGAAGUCAGUGCCUCCAGGGCACACUCACCACCUCGCCAAGGCCUGCUAUGCCCUGGAGAACUUUGUGGAGAACCUAGGUCCCAAAGUGCAGCCCUACCUUCCGGAGCUUAUGGAGAGUGUCCUGCAGCCUCUCAGGAGUCCCUGCAGCCCCCGGGCCAAGGAGCUAGCAGUGAGCACUCUGGGGGCCAUUGCCACAGCAGCUGAGGCCUCCCUGCUGCCCUACUUCCCCACCAUCAUGGAACAUCUGCGGGAGUUCCUUCUGACACACCAUGAAGAACUUCAGCCUGUGCAAAUCCAGAGCCUGGAAACCCUGGGACUGCUAGCACGAGCAAUGAGGGAACCAAUGAAGCCCCUGGCUGAGGAAUGUUGUCAGCUGGGGCUGGGCUUAUGUGACCACAUAGACGACCCUGACUUGCGACGUUGCACGUAUAGCCUGUUUGCAGCCUUAUCAGGGUUGAUGGGUGAAGGUCUGGCACCCCACCUGCCACAAAUCACCACGCUGAUGCUGUUGUCAUUGCGUUCCACCGAGGGCAUUGUGCCUCAGUAUGAUGGUAGCAACUCCUUCCUUCUGUUUGAAGAUGAGAGUGAUGGAGAGGAAGAGGAGGAGCUCAUGGAUGAGGAUACGGAAGAGGAGGAUGACUCUGAGAUCUCGGGGUACAGUGUGGAGAAUGCCUUCUUUGAUGAGAAGGAAGAUACCUGUGCUGCCUUGGGAGAGAUCUCAGUAAACACCAGUGUGGCCUUCCUUCCAUAUAUGGAAAGUGUCUUUGAAGAAGUAUUCAAACUGCUGGAGUGUCCUCACCUGAAUGUGCGGAAAGCAGCUCAUGAAGCUCUGGGUCAGUUCUGCUGUGCAUUGCAUAAGGCCUGCCAAAGCUGCCCCUCAGAACCCAACAGUGCUGCUCUACAGGCGGCCUUGGCUCGGGUUGUACCAUCCUACAUUCAGGCAGUGAAAGAAGAACGGGAACGCCCAGUGGUGAUGGCAGUGUUGGAAGCCCUGACCGGGGUGCUGCGCAGUUGUGGGCCCCUCAUUCUGCAGCCCCCUGGGUGCCUUGGUGAACUGUGCAGCAUGCUGAAGGCUGUACUGCAGAAGAAGAUAGCCUGUCAGGACAUCAAGGAGGAAGAAGAGGAAGAAGACGAAGAUGAUCAGGCAGAGUAUGAUGCCAUGUUGUUGGAGCAUGCUGGAGAGGCCAUCCCUGUCCUGGCAGCUGCAGCAGGGGGAGACGCCUUUGCUCCUUUCUUUGCCAGCUUCCUGCCAUUGUUGCUAUGUAAGACGAAACAGGGCUGCACGGUGGCAGAGAAGUCUUUUGCAGUGGGAACACUGGCGGAGUCCAUUCAGGGUCUGGGUGCUGCCUCAGCCCAGUUUGUGUCUCGGCUGUUCCCAGUGCUAUUGACCAGUGCCAGAGAAGCAGACGCUGAGGUGCGGAGCAAUGCGAUCUUUGGGCUGGGCGUACUUGCAGAGCAUGGGGGCCACCCUGCUCAGGACCACUUCCCCAAGGUCCUGGGCUUCCUUUUGCCCCUCCUGGCACGAGAGCGGCAUGAUCGCGUCCGUGAUAACAUCUGUGGAGCUCUUGCCCGCCUGUUGAUGGCCAGUCCAACAAGAAAACCAGAGCCCCAGGUGCUGGCUGCCUUGCUACAUGCCCUGCCACUGAAGGAAGACUUGGAGGAAUGGGUCACUAUAGGGCAUCUCUUCAACUUUCUGUACCACAGUAGCCCUAACCAGGUUGUAGAUGUGGCUCCUGAGCUCUUGCGCAUCUGUAGCCUUAUUCUGACAGACAACAGGAUCCCACCAGACACCAAGGCCACGCUGCUGCUGCUCCUGACUUUCCUGGCCAAACAACACACUGACUGCUUCCAUACAGCACUGGGCUCACUGCCUGCUGACAAGGCUCAAGAGCUCCAGGCCAUGCUGGGCCUCACCUAGACUUACAGGCUGCAGCUGGGCCAGAGAGCACACCCCCACCCAGGCCUGAAGAUCACCUCCUGAGCCCAAUUCCAGUUCACACCAAAGAUUCUGGGCCUCAUAUCCAUUUGAAGUCAGCCCUGUUUGCUGCCUUAUAAAGGUGUCCUUGGUGCUGGAUGUGUUACAUGUGAAGUCAUGACAUCAUACUGUAAUAAAGGCAGUUUAUUUUCUGCUUGAACACUA